CUGCUCGGCGGCGUCGCGCUGCGACUCCAGGAAUACAACCAGAGCUAUGUCAUUCGUGACGACGUGCCUGUCCCAAUCCCACAAACGGGAGAGGUCCUCGUGAGAAUCGCGGCAUCUAGCUUCUGUCACACUGACUUCCAGGUUAUCCAAGGUGUCUACAAGACCAAAUUGCCCGUCACCGGAUCGCAUGAGCCAACUGGGACAGUUGCGGCACUCGGCGAGGGCGUCAGGGGAGACUGGAAGGUUGGGGAUAGAUAUAUGGUGGCUCCUGAAGAUACCCUUGUCACAAUCCCGGAUACCGUAUCCUUUGAACAGGCAGCUCCAUUGAUGUGCGCGGGAGUGACGGUAUGGAAUACCAUUAAGCAGAUGGGCCUGAAGAAGGGGGGCUCAACCGGAAUCGUCGGAAUCGGCGGCCUAGGGCUUCUUGCAAUCCAGUUCGCAAAGGCGGUCGGGUAUCAGGUCGUUGCAGUCGACAACCGUGAUAUCGGCCUAAGAUUGGCCUCCGAAGUGCCCUCUCAUCUCAAGCCUGAUGCGAUCGUCAAAUUCGGUGACGAAGAAGCGGCUAAGCAGAUAUCAGACUUGACCAGAGAUAUUGGGCUAUACGGCGCCGUUGUAUGCACCGACGAUGUGGAGGCAAGCGACUGGGCCCUUCAUCAGUUGCGGCUCAGAGGUGUUUGUGUCGUGCUGGGCCUGCCUGAGCAGCGCUACAAGUUUGAUGCCUUUAACCUCGUGUUUAGGAAGAUUGUUGUCAAGGGAUCCAUCUUCACAAGCGUGGACGAGGCUCAGAAGAUGCUUGAGGUGAUUAGACGAGAGGGUGUGCAUAGCCAUCUCACAGUACUCAAGCUAGAGGAGGGAGAAGUUAUCUAUGACAAGGUGGCAGCACACGACUUUGAUGGGCGGUUAGUCGUUACCAUAUAUUGA